UUAUUUUGUUUUCGGUGAAGUACAAACUCGAUCGUCUAUAAACUCACUUAGUAGGGGGAAGGUCGUAGCCAUGGUUUUGUAACUCUUGCUCUGUUGAAGUUACAAACCCAAGGGUCUCCAUGAACUCUCAGAUCCUGGUUCUGGCCUUCCUCUUCCUGUUAUUCAUUAUCUCGCCCUUUGUUAGUGGAGGUCUAGAUGAUGAUAUCUUAGGAGCCUCUUACAUUUUUGGAGAUUCUCUGGUAGAUGCUGGAAACAAUAACUACCUCAACACAUUGUCUAAAGCCGAUAUCUCGCCUAAUGGCAUUGAUUUCAAGGCUUCUGGAGGGAACCCCACCGGCCGGUACACCAAUGGGAGGACCAUUGGAGACAUUGUUGGGGAGGAACUAGGUCAACCAAACUAUGCCGUCCCAUUUUUGGCCCCAAACACUACAGGGAAAGCUCUACUUUAUGGAGUCAAUUAUGCUUCCGGGGGAGGAGGAAUAAUGAACGCAACUGGGAGAAUAUUUGUUAAUAGACUCUCAAUGGAUAUCCAGGUUGAUUUUUUCAAUGUGACAAGGAAGCAGAUGGACAAAUUGUUGGGUCCGACGAAAGCAAGAGAACAUUUAAUGAAGAAGUCCAUCUUCUCGAUCACCAUUGGAUCGAAUGAUUUCCUCAACAACUAUCUCCUUCCUGUGCUGUCAAUUGGAGAAAGGAUUUCUGAGACCCCAGAAGCUUUCAUAGAUCACCUGAUCACCAAUCUGAGGGGCCAGCUUACCAGACUCUACAAUCUGGACGCUCGAAAGUUUGUGGUGGGGAAUGUAGGGCCAAUAGGCUGCAUUCCCUACCAAAAAACGAUAAACCAGAUUAACCAAGAUCAGUGCGUAGAAUUACCGAAUAAGUUAGCGCUUCAAUAUGAUAAACGAUUGAACGACCUACUGACGGAACUAAAUGAAAACCUCCCUGGAGCAACAUUUGUCCACGCCAAUGUGUAUGAACUGGUGAUGGAGCUCAUAACAAAUUAUCAAAAAUAUGGGUUUAAAACGGCAAGCAGGGCUUGUUGCGGCAAUGGAGGUCAGUUUGCAGGGAUCAUCCCCUGUGGGCCAACAUCUAGUAUGUGCGGAGAUCGUUCUGAGUAUGUGUUUUGGGACCCAUAUCAUCCAAGUGAGGCUGCCAACCUUAUAAUCGCAAAGCAACUGGUCGAUGGAGACAAAUACACUACUCCCAUGAAUCUUCGACAGCUUAGAAAUCUCUGAUUCAAGCAUUUCCGUCUUGUAUUCGUAUCUGUCCAAGCGAGAAUUUACCUUCAAUAGCAAACCAGCAAGAAAGAAGAACGUUUUUCGAAUUGUGCUCUGAUUGGCGAAAGUGGGUUGCCCUGUCUUGUUGUAUUCCUUUUUUUUUUUGAUUGGCGAAAACAAUGAAAUGAAAAUCUCUUUUUGAUCUGUCGUGGAAUUCCUGUUUUGGGGUUUGAAGUUUUUAGUAGUAUGAACUCUGAAUUUUCAAGAUUGGCUUUGAUUUGCUUGCA